GUAUUUUCUCAACUGGUGACCUCCCGAGUGAGCUGUCGUCUUAUCGGUGAGGCAUGUGAGGUGCUUAUGUGGACCACGAAUCGGCACGAUAUACGAUUACGGACUUGUUGAAAUGCGUCCAUGAUCGAAGACUUUAAAAUUUACCUUCAUGUCAAUAUAACCCUGAAACACGUAUUCCUACAACACGUUGAACAGUGAGCUGUCCCUCACAAACCGUGACCAAUCCACUUCCGCCUAAACAUGUCCAGCGGAAAGAAUCUCGAUUUUCCGAACAUUAAAACCUUAUCCAGUUCUGCUUUUCCUAUUGUUCUUGGUGAUUUGUUGGAGAAUUCUAAAUAUGACUGAUGAUACAGGCCAAAACUUGACCCAUCUGUUUAGUACAGAGGAUAAUGUGACCAGUACACCAGUCGGCUCAAACACUACAAUACAACAGUUGAGUGAUGUGAUGACUACGAUUCUGGCGAAUGUCACUGGUAAUUUAAGUGAUUACGAGGACAACAGUACAAUGAAGGAAAUGGGCGACCCUUGUGCUGUUGUCUCCUCCGAGAAGAGCAUGGAAGGAACUGAAUUUUAUAUUGGAUUAUCUCUUGCUCUCAGCUCUAGUUUAUUCAUAGGCAGCAGUUUUAUUUUCAAGAAACUGGGACUCCUGAAAUUGGCCAAGAACCAAGGCACAAGAGCAGGACAGGGAGGCUAUGGCUACCUGAAGGAAUGGCUCUGGUGGUCGGGCAUGAUACUCAUGAUCACGGGAGAGUUCGCAAACUUCGCUGCCUACGCCUUCGCCCCUGCCACUCUUGUUACCCCUUUGGGGGCACUCAGUGUCUUAGUGAGUGCUGUCCUGUCAUCACGGUUCUUAAACGAAAAGCUGAACCUGCUUGGAAAAAUUGGCUGUGCUCUGUGUGUGCUGGGGUCAACAGUGAUGGUCAUACACUCACCAAAGGAACAGGAGGUCAACAGCAUGUCCUGUCUACUGGACAAGAUUGAGGAACCAGGAUUCAUCAUUUACUGUAUCUUCAUUGUGUCGCUGGCUAUAUUUGGAAUAUUUUUCCUGGCACCACGCUACGCUCACAAAAACGUGUUUGUCUACAUCAUGAUAUGUUCUACGCUCGGAUCGUUUACCGUGGCUGGAUGUAAGGGACUCGGGGUGGCGCUGAAGCAGACGUUUAAUGGUGACAACCAGUUUACCAGUUGGUUGACUUGGAUUUUACUCGCUGUUGUGAUUAUCUGUAUACUGGUCCAACUUAAUUAUCUCAACCGUGCUUUAGACCAAUAUAACACAUCAGUAGUAACACCGAUAUAUUACGUGUUUUUCACAUCCUGUGUCAUUGUAGCGUCCCUGAUAUUGUUUAAGGAGUGGGGGGCCAUUUCGCCACAGGACAGUAUUGGAAACCUUUGUGGAUUUUUAGUGAUAAUCGUGGGUAUAUUUUUACUGCAAGCUUUUAAAGACAUGAAUGUGUCGCUGUCAAACUUGACCACGAUGAAACGCGAAGUGGAAUCGAGUACCAACGGGGACAUAUCCACGCCAGUGGCGUACGACCAAAAUUACGCAGACUACCACGACGAUGAACUUGGCUUGCUGGAUGAGGAUACUGUUAGCAACGAAAAUAGUGAAAUUCAACUUGAAACAGAAUACAGAGACGACGUGGAGUUUAGAUAGUCAUACCAGCCAUCAAAAUGAUCUAGAAAGAUACGUUGUUAAUUAUAUCAAACUAUAGCAUAAUAUGUGUCCUAGGACGGAAUGUGUGGACAUGAAUGUUUAACCUCUAAUGAAAGUCCUCAUCGUCUGAUUGUUCUCUAAAAGUCUACUCGUCCUAACCAGAUGAAAGGAUUGGGACCAAAGUGAAAGAGUUUUAUGUGUGGUGCUGUAUCAUGGAUCUGCUAGGGAACUCUCUGAAAACUCUUAUAUGUAACAGAUAUGUUCAUCGUUAUUUUGAUAAUUUUGUAUUUGCUAUCCCUGGUAACCAUCUAGUUUGAAGCCCAUUAUCAGAAAUGGCCUAGAUAUCUAUAACGUUACUAACAUCUCAGGAUCUAACUAUGCACAUGAGGUAGAGUGGCCCACUAAUAUUCUACUGUAUACAGGCCUAUGUAAGUAGUCUACAAAUGUCCUGUCAAAUGAUUCUUACAGAUGAAAAUUUUUUGAUUGCUGGCAUUUUGAGAAGUUAGACCAUUUUGAAAUGGUACGCAUAAAUGUUACAGAAAAGUAUAUUAAAGUAUUAACAUGUUAUGUAACUCCUAGUGUGACAAGAUUCUGUUAUCCAAAGUUCCCCUCAGUCGUAGAACUUUGAAUUUUAUCCAAAGCUUCUCUCAGUCCGAGUCGUAGAACUUUGUAUUUUAUCCAAAGCUCCACUAAGUCAGAGUUGUAGAACUUUGUAUUUUAUCCAUAGCUCCACUAAGUCUGAGUCGUAGAACUUUGUAUUUUAUCCAAAGCUCCUCUCAGUCCGAGUCGUAGAACUUUGUAUUUUAUCCAAAGCUCCUCUUGGUCAGAGUCGUAGAACUUUGUAUUUUAUCCAAAGCUCCACUAAUUAAGUCAGAGUCGUAGAACUUUGUAUUUUAUCCAAAGCUUCUCUCAGUCAGAGUUGUAGAACUUUGUAUUUUAUCCAAAGCUCCACUAAGUCCGAGUCGUAGAACUCAGUAUUUUAUCCAAAGCUCCACUAAGUCCGAGUCGUAGAACUCAGUAUUUUAUCCAAAGCUCCACUAAGUCCGAGUCGUAGAACUCUGUAUUUUAUCCAAUGGAAAUGGGGAAGUAUCUAAAAAAAAAUGUAGUCGUGAACUUUGUAUUUUAUCCAAAGCUCCAUUAAGUCCGAGUCGUAGAACUCUGUAUUUUAUCCAAUGGAAAUGGGGAAGUAUCUAAAAAAAAAUGUAAUUUAGAACUCUUCUUUAUUGGAAAUGCAAAAAAGAACACAGGGACUCUCUACCUUAAGAGUUUACUUAAGAUAAAUAACUGUAUGUGAGUGACACAUCCCCAGGGGCCUCUUGUUAAAGUGCUAAUAGUAGAUAUGACACAAGAGAAAUCCUUGUCAGGAUUACAGCAAUUUUCUCUGUAAAACCAAUGCUGUAUUAGUUAGUUUGUUUGAGAAACUUUUCAGGAUUACAGCGAUUUUCUCUGUAAAACCUACGCUGUAUCAGGUAGUUUGUUUUUUAUCAAUGUGAAGAUCACAACGGUCAUAUGUGUGAAACACACUUCAUUACAGCCGAUAUUAGAUGAUAUGAUAUUGUUUUCGUUGUUGAAUAUAAGCAGACUGUUUCCUAGAUUUAGUGAUUAGACUCUGGAAGCCUGUAGAACUAUUGUUGAUAUUUUUACUUUGUACCUCAAAUGUCAAAAUGUUUGUUAAUCAUGAAAUUUGUCUCGUUGUAUAUACUUGUAUUUAAACAUAUCAACUUUGCUUUAUACAAACACAUAUGUAUUCUAUAUUUUCAAAGAUUAUUGACAAAUUUUAUUGUUUCAAACAAUAUUUUGUAAUCAUUUUAAUCAUGAGUUAAAGUUUGGUGUAAAUCCGUGUGGUAAAACUAGGUCUCAAAAUAAAAUGUGAUUUCCAUAA